AUGAAGGCCUUCCGAGCCAUCUUGUUCACCCUAGCACUGCUAGGCAACCUCUGCCAAGGUUCUCCCUUCGCGGUUCCCUCCGAGGCGAUUCUCAUGUACUGCGCUCUCGUCUUGGACUUUUCGGCGAACGGGGCCUCACGCACACUGGCGCCAAAACUGAGCAACACGGCCCUCGUCGACUUCGGGACGUUUAUCUCCACAGUUUUUGCGCAACGUCUCCCCCAAAGUGGCAUUUGGACAAGCAUGAAUCCGCAAUAUAACCAAGCCACACUGGACGAGAUUGGUGCCUCUCUGAAAACUGACAAGUACAGCCUUGUUGAACUUCUUGGUCUUCAAGAGGGCGCUCAGAUUAAUCACCGUUCAACGCUCCAGCGAAUCGCCGACAUUGUCAAGUCCACACGCGGUAGCACUGCCCUAGGCUUUGCCGACGUCUGGAAUAACCAGUAUCCAGAGUUCAGAAGGGCGCUGGCCGGAACACAAGCCGUACGGGUGCAGGAUAUGUAUCGUACCAGCGUGAGCAUAUUGUGGGCAGCAGAUUUCCCCGACAAGACCCUCAAGGCCUCGGAGGUCGCCGUCCUGGAUACAGAUGUUACCUUCCUCCAGCCGGACUGGAGCGCGACCGCUGCGGCGAACGGAGAAUCCCCCGAGGAGAUUAAGACCUACCGUACCUGGUACGUGGGUCUUUCAGGAAGAAGCGGACAAGAGGCCAGGAAAUUCAGAAACCAUCAAAAGAUCACCAACACAAUCGGACAGAGCUUGAGUGAGCUGGAUAGUGUGGACAGCUGCAAGGCGCGCUAG